GCGGAGGAGGUGAGGCGGGAGGAAGCGUCCGACGUGGGGCGGGCUCCGAUCCCCGGGGCGCUCCGAGGCCCCCAGCUGGCCGCCUGGGCCCCGCCGCGCCACCCCGGCCAGUAGGCGCCCGGGUCUGGCCCGGAGCCCCCCUGUGCGCCUCGCGCGCCCCGGCCCCGCCUCGCAGGGCUGCGGAGCCGGCGCCGGGCUCCCCCUGGGCCCAGCGCGGUGCCGGGGUCAGCGCUUCUCUCGGGUCUCGGGACAGGUGAGCACCCUGAUGAAGGCCACGGUCCUGAUGCGGCAGCCCGGGCGGGUGCAGGAGAUCGUGGGCGCCCUCCGCAGGGGCGGGGGAGACCGCUUGCAGGUCAUCUCUGAUUUUGACAUGACCUUGAGCAGGUUUGCGUAUAAUGGAAAGCGAUGCCCUUCUUCUUACAACAUUCUGGAUAACAGCAAGAUCAUCAGUGAGGAGUGCCAAAAUGAGCUCAAAAUGCUCCUCCACCACUAUUACCCAAUUGAGAUUGACCCGCACCGGACCAUCAAGGAGAAGUUACCUCACAUGGUGGAAUGGUGGACCAAGGCACACGAUCUCCUUUGCCAACAGAAGAUUCAGAAGGCUCAGAUUGCCCAGGUGGUUAGAGAGUCCAAUGCAAUGCUUAGGGAGGGAUACAAGAUGUUCUUCAACACCCUCUACCAGAACAACAUUCCCCUUUUCAUCUUUUCCGCGGGCAUUGGUGACAUCCUGGAGGAGAUUAUCCGGCAGAUGAAAGUGUUCCACCCCAACAUCCACAUUGUGUCUAACUACAUGGACUUUGACGAAGACGGUUUCCUCCAGGGGUUUAAGGGCCGGCUCAUACACACAUAUAACAAGAGCAGCUCCGUUUGUGAGAACUCCGGCUACUUCCAGCAGCUUCAGGGCAAAACCAACAUCCUCCUGCUGGGAGACUCCAUGGGGGACCUCACGAUGGCUGAUGGGGUGCCAGGUGUGGAGAACAUUCUCAAGAUUGGCUUCUUAAAUGACAAGGUAGGUGCGGGACCAGGGCUUCCCGGCUCAGGGUGUCCUUCUGUUUCGAUGCCUGAUAAAUGCCUGGUGAACACCUCUAUGUGCUGGUCAAGGUCAAGUCUUAGAGGCACUGAGGUGUGGCAUGAGCUAUAUUCUCAUGGGAAAACAGCGAUGACAGCUGUGUCGGGCACACGGUGCGACAGCGGAGUUCAGAGACACUGUUGGGUGCUCACCAUGUACAUGGCAUAUUGACCCACUUAGUCCUUACGGCAGCCUUCUGAGAUAGUGACUCUUAUGCCUCGUUUUACAAAUGGGGAAACUGAGUCAAGGAGGUUCAUCUACCUGUGGUAGAUAGUGUAGCAAGUGGGGGGCUGAUUACAAUCCUAAAUCAUAGCUAUAAGGCAUGACUGAGGUGGGAGAUGUCAGUAUUCAGGAGGUGGGUUUAUAAGUCAGAGAAGGAAAAUACGGGAACAGACCGGGGGCCAACCAGAGGCAGGGGGGAACACCAUCAGCAUGAAGGGGCUCAGUAUGGUGGCAAGUUAGAAGGCCACCAGUUCGUGCAUCCCCCCUCCACAGCCAGCAUGUGCUGAAGACCUCUAGAAUGCUUGACCCGUGUGAAAAUUCAGUCCAGAUGGAUUAGAAAUCACAUCUGGUUUUUAAAUUUUAAUCCCUAUCCUGUCCUUCUGUCACUGACCCGAGGGUUAAUCAUGGCGCCCUGUGCCUGUUGCCGUCCAGAGGGCGGGUCUCUGUCCCGGAGCUGUUCUUGGGGAGCUGCAGCUCCAAUGCCCUCCACCCCUUGUCCCGGGUGCCUGAGAGGCAGAGGCAGAAGGCAGGGCGUUCUGGGGACUCUCUUCCGCCUCCCCC